GGAAAGCCUUAUGCGACUUCUUUCCUCUUGAGCCAGCUUCCGUCCCGUUGGCAGCCAUACCAGAGGAUUCAUCCAGGACCGUGGACUGUGGGAUAGCCUGCGGAAAGGUCGCAGCGAGAUAUUGAUUCAGGCAAACGUCGCCGCUGACAACGUCCAGAUUCUCGGCAACCCUUUUGCCACCCGUGGUCACCCUUUCGCGCCUGAUUUGAUCUCUCCGUCCGAGCCGCAUUCUCUUCCCCUUCAAGAUGGACCGUCGGGAGAUCCUCUCCAAGGGAUCCGCACUCCAGAAAGCCAUCGCCGCGAAGGAGCCAUCCGCGAACAUCUUGACCAUCCUGCGCGAUUUGAAAGCAAAUGUCCGACCCAGUGAAGAACUAUUGCGUGCGACGGGAAUAGGCAAGAUUGUCAAUAAGGUGAAGGGCGUACCUAACGUGGACCCUCAAGUCACCCAACUCGCGGCGGAGAUAAUAUCUCGCUGGCGACACGUGGUCAACGAGCAAAAGUUGGCAAGCGGCGCAUCUACACCCACCGCCAACGGAGCCAGAUCGAACGGAACGAAUUCACCGGUCCCUCAAAAGCACGCCACACCCACUCCGAAGGCGUCCAGCCCCGGAGUUGCGCCUGAUAAGCGCAACUGGAAAACGGACAAAGUGCCUCGCGACGAGCUGACGUCCGACACGGCACGGAACAACUGUAUUGGGCUGAUCUACGAUGGUCUAUGCCUGGGUUCUGAAAUUCCCAUGAAACAGAUCCUCGACCUAGCCAAGCAAAUCGAAUCCGCCGCCCUCAAUCUCCCUGACGCCAAAGGAUCCUCGGCUUCAGCCGUGUACAAGGACAAAAUCCGCUCUCUGUACCAGAAUCUCAAGAAUAAAUCCAAUCCGGGACUGCGAGUUCGCAUUUUAUCGGGGGAGGUUACGGCAAAACGAUUUGUCACCAUGUCACACGAAGAGAUGAAAUCCCGCCAACAAAGAGAGGAGGACCUCAAGAUUGCAAAGGAGAACAUGAACAAUGCCAUGGUGGCGCAGGAAGAGAAGUCCGUGAGUACGUCUCUCGAGUGCGGAAAGUGUCAUCAGAAGAAGGUCAGCUACUCGCAGGCGCAGACGCGCAGCGCUGACGAACCGAUGACGACAUUCUGCGAGUGUCUUAAUUGUGGCAACCGGUGGAAGUUUUCCUGAGGGGCCUAAACAGCAAUUGUGUACUACUGGUUCUUCGCGAGGUAUGCGUGGGUAUAUUACGGCUCUUGGGACCAAGAUAUCUUGGACGACGCUUGAAUGGUUCCAUGAAGGAAAGCCGAUCUUGGGAGAAGAGGAGAGACGAAGCCGACUUGGUAAUGGCUUCCUCGGUCGCGUCCGACUCCAAUGGACGUCAGAGACGAACAAAUGCUGGUCCCCAUCCACGUUUAUUGGGGAACGUCGAUGUUGUCACAGGGCUAUGCUGAAGGGCGCUGCCGGCUGGUCUUCUCAUUUCAGCUUUCCUUGUGAAUUUUGACAAUCCUAGGUGACUCGGGCCAGGGGAAAAAGACAUCAAGCGGCGGCAGCAUGUGUUGGGAGCGGACUGGUCGACGAACAGGCUGUCAUAAUUGUGCUCGGCACGGCUCAAACGGGUGGAGACGAUGGACAACACUCAAUACAGAGCCGCACAGAGAGCGCUCUGGGCGCAAAGGAGGAGCAAGGCGAAAGCGACAAAAAGCUGAACCGUCGUUGGGUCUUUUGGGAGAGACUCGGAUAUCCCAAUGAAAUAUUGCAGCAUGUAUCAAGAAUUCCCCAAUGAACAUGAGUUAUGAACUUUCCG